AAUGGGCGAGAGAAAAACUCGGCGAGUCGAGUAGAGUCCGUUUAAGUGAGCGGUCGUGGUUUCGCUUAGCACACGACUUAUCACAUAUUUUUUGUGAAGAAAAAAAAUCUUAAAAAAAUAAAAAAAAAAUUAAAAAUAUAAAAAGUAACCAAAAAAAAAAUUGUAAAAAGUAGCAAAAAAUUCGAGCAAGUGUUGAAAACGAGGACCUAAUCACCAAAAAUGGCUUCUUUAUACGUGGGUGAUUUACACCAGGACAUCAAUGAAGCGGGACUUUUUGAAAAGUUCUCUACUGCUGGCCCAGUUCUAUCAAUUCGUGUCUGUCGCGACGUUGUUACCCGUCGCUCGUUGGGCUAUGCCUACGUAAAUUUUCAGCAGCCAGCCGAUGCUGAGCGUGCAUUGGAUACAAUGAAUUUUGAUUUAAUUCGUAACAAGCCCAUACGCAUCAUGUGGUCGCAACGCGAUCCCUCACUGCGCCGUUCCGGCGUUGGCAAUGUGUUCAUCAAGAACCUGGACAAGGCCAUUGAUAAUAAGGCCAUUUACGACACUUUCUCUGCGUUUGGUAACAUUUUGAGCUGCAAAGUCGCCACCGAUGAGAAGGGCAACUCCAAAGGCUAUGGAUUUGUGCAUUUCGAAACAGAGGAGGCCGCCAAUACCUCCAUCGAUAAGGUCAAUGGCAUGUUGCUCAACGGCAAGAAAGUCUACGUUGGCAAAUUCAUUCCACGCAAGGAGCGCGAGAAGGAGCUGGGCGAGAAGGCCAAACUCUUCACAAAUGUCUAUGUAAAGAACUUUACCGAGGAAUUUGAUGAUGAGAAGCUUAAGGAAUUCUUUGAGCCAUACGGAACGAUUACCAGCUACAAAGUCAUGUCCAAGGAAGAUGGCAAGAGCAAGGGAUUCGGUUUCGUGGCCUAUGAAACCACUGAGGCAGCCGAGGCCGCCGUCCAGGCUCUCAAUGGCAAGGAAAUGGGUGAAGGCAAAUCCUUGUAUGUGGCACGUGCCCAGAAGAAGGCAGAGCGUCAACAGGAGCUGAAGCGUAAAUUCGAGGAGCUAAAGAAGAAGCGUCACGAAUCUGUAUUCGGUGUUAACUUGUACGUUAAGAAUCUGGAUGAUUCCAUUGAUGAUGAUCGCCUGCGCAAGGAGUUCUCCAUGUAUGGCACCAUCACAUCGGCCAAGGUCAUGACCGAUGAGGAGGGACGCUCCAAGGGCUUUGGUUUCGUUUGCUUCAUUUCGCCCAAUGAAGCCACUUGUGCCGUCACUGAACUGAACGGACGUGUCGUCGGCAGCAAGCCACUUUAUGUGGCACUCGCUCAACGCAAGGAGGAGCGCAAGGCUCAUCUGGCAUCGCAGUAUAUGCGUCACAUGACUGGCAUGCGUAUGCAACAAUUGGGACAACUAUUCCAGCCAAAUACCGCCGGUGGUUUCUUUGUGCCCACCAUGCCACCCAGUCAACGCUUCUUUGGUCCACAGAUGACCACACAGAUGCGCAACACCCCACGUUGGGCCCCACAGGUGCGUGCUCCGGCCGCUGUGCAAGGCGUGCAGCCAGGCGCUGCUUCAGCCGCUGCCGGUGGCUUCCAGGGUGCAGCCGGCGCGGUGCCCACACAAUUCCGCCAAUCGGCAGCCGGUGCUCGCGGUGCACAGCCACAGCAGGUGCAAGGCACACAUGCCGCUUCUGCUGCUGCCGCGGCAGCAAACAAUAUGCGCAGCUCUGGAGCACGCGCUAUCACAGGCCAACAAUCGGUGGCCGCACCCAAUAUGCAAAUCGCCGGCGCUCAAAUCCCUGGCGGUGCACAACAACGUACUGCCAGCUACAAAUACACCGCCAACAUGCGUAAUCCGCCCGUGCAACAGAUGCAAGCGGCACAGCCAAUGCCACAGCCGCUCCAGGGCAACAAUCAAGAGAAGCUUAUUGCUUCUCUCUUGGCCAAUGCCAAGCCACAGGAGCAGAAACAGAUUCUGGGCGAGCGUCUGUAUCCAAUGAUUGAGCGCAUGCACGCCGCACUGGCUGGCAAAAUCACUGGCAUGUUGCUGGAGAUUGAGAACUCCGAGCUGCUGCACAUGAUCGAGGAUAAGGAGGCACUCAAGGCCAAGGUGGAGGAGGCAGUCGCUGUGCUCCAGGUGCAUCGCGUCACCGAGCCCGCCAACUAAGCUCUGAAAAAACACACAACAAGCGGAUUAAAAAUUUUUUUUAUAAAUCACUCGACACCCAAAAAUAUUUUUUUCCCUCAUUCACUUUCAAUUUUACAAAAACACUGAAAAUAAUUCGCAAAUUUUGUUGCUCAAGCAAAGAAAAAACGCAGCGAAUGACUAAAAAGCAACAAGAACAGAGAUGAACAACAAAACUUGAAGGCAAAAAAGAUGAAGAUGAAUUGGAAACUCCAGAAGAGCCGAGCCGACUAUAUAUAUUUCAAUUUCCCCAAGAGAUAAUAACAAGGGGAAAAACGCGCGACACAAACAAUUUCAAUCAUUUAAUUUCGAACGCAUUUUACGCAAAAACAAAUGCAACAGCCGAAGUUUUUUUUUAUAUAUAUACAUAUAUACAGAAAAUUUUAAAAGUAUAUUGGAAAAUGAAAGCAAAACAUGUAAAGCUAGCGAACGCCAAGUUAUUUUUUAUUAUUUGCGUUCAGCCUUUUGUUAGAUAAGAUGUUUUUACACCAUACAUACGAUUAUAUAAAGAUAAUAAAAGCAAAAGGAUUAAAAGAAUAGGCAGUGAAUAUAAAAAUUCAUAUUUUUUUAUUAAAACUAAAUGAAAAAAAGCAACAAAAAAUUUUUGAAAAAUUUGCAAAAUGCAAUAAAACACAUUUAUAAUCGCAAAACAGCUGCAAAAAGAUAUUUCAAAUAUAUAUAAACAAUAAAACACACACAUAACCAAACCCCGAUUUGGAAAAACGGUAGAUUUUCUUUUCUAAUUUUCGAGUUUAUCGAAAUAUUCAACUUUUACUUUUUAAUCAAAUUAAAGACAACACACAGAUAAACAUACAUACAUAUAAUAUAUACAGCAGAUAUAUAUAUUUAAAGCGAUAUAUAAACAAACAAUAAUUUGGAUGAUUCAAAAUAUGUAUUUGUUAAAAUUCGUGACAAAUAUAUAUAUAUAUAUAAAAGCGCCGCUUUUGAGCCAAAAAUAAUAAAAAAAUACAAAUAUUUGAAUGAUUUUUUUCUAGUAGGCGCGCACAGCAAGCAGUCAAAAUAAAGAACAUUAAAAAA